AUGGCUUUCGUAAAAGCAAUUAAAAACAAAGCGUACUUUAAGCGCUUCCAGGUCAAGUACCGCCGGCGCAGGGAGGGGAAGACGGACUAUGCCGCGCGGAGGCGCUUGAUUCUUCAAGAUAAGAACAAAUACAAUGCGCCGAAGUACCGCUUUGUUGUGCGUGUUACCAACUCACGCGUCCUAUGCCAGGUGAUGUAUGCUACCCUGCAAGGCGAUCGUCUUGUAUGCAGCGCAGACUCCCAGGAACUGACUCGCUAUGGAAUUAAGGUUGGGUUGACGAAUUACUCAGCGGCGUACGCCACGGGUUUGCUCUUAGCCCGCAGGCUCUUGAAGCAGAAGGGUUUGGCUGAUGAAUUUAAAGGCCUUGAGAAACCCAGUGGCGAGGAGUACCACAUUGAGGAAGUGUCAGAGGAGCGCCGGCCCUUCAAAUGCGUCUUGGAUGUAGGAAUUGUCUCCACAACCGUCGGCAAUAGGGUUUUUGGUGCUAUGAAAGGUGCUUGUGAUGGAGGCCUGCAUAUCCCGCACAGCAACAAGCGUUUCCCGGGUUUCACAAAGGGAGAGGACGGCGCUGAUGAUUCGUACAACCCUGAAGUUCACCGUGCACGCAUUUACGGUCUGCAUGUUGCUGAAUAUAUGCGCACUUUGAAGGAGGAAGAUCCGGAGAGAUACCAGUUGCAAUUUUCCGCUUAUAUUCGCAAUAAAAUCGACCCUGACAGCAUAGAGAAGAUGUACGAGGAGGCCUUCCAAAAAAUCCGGGCCAACCCAGACCCAGUCAAGAAAGAGGCUAGAGAAGUCAAGAGGGUUCGCCAGGGAGCUAUGAUCAAGACAGCGAAGUCACAAUAUGUACGGAAUGUCAAGCUCGAUAAGGAGACAAGGAAGCAGAGAGUCCUCAAGAAGAUCCAAAUGGUCGCGGACAAGAUGGCUGAAGAGGAGUAA